UUGAAUAUUUGUGGUUAUGUUUUGCACGAAAAUUUGUUGUCAAGAUUUCUGAAAGCGGUCUUGUCAAAAUUUUCCGAUUCUAUCAGUGUUUUUAGUGAUUUUCGUGAUUUUAAUUGAGGAUUUUACGCUUUUAACAAUGUCCGUGAAAUGCCGUGUUCCUGGAUGCGGAAACACAAAUUUAAAUUGCGAUAGUUCAAUUGCUUUUCAUCUGCCAUCUAAAGAAAUGACUGCUGAACAAUGGGAUGUCUGGAGGGAAUUCUGUGGCGAAAGUCUAAGUAACGUUCCCACCACGGAUAAAACACCCCAACGACUCAGGAUUUGUUCUCUACAUUUUGCGGAAGGUGACUUUAAAACUUCUACCAGAUCAGACAUACCACAACUGGCAAAGAAUGCUAUCCCGAGAAUAAGAAACGUACAGAAUUUACCACAACUAGCCAAUGAAGAACACCUUGUGUUAGAAAACGUUCCGGAGAAUACAGGAGUGGCUCAGCCGGUUUGUCCAGAAAACAACGCAAAUGAAUACAUUCUCUCUGACAAUUUGGGUAUUGAUGAAGACUCAGUUCCCACACUGCUUCUAACUGAUAAUCCUGAUGCUCCCCAAGAAAAUCAACUCCUAGUGAAUGAAUCUGAAGAAUACUACAUUUUGGACGAAUCCGAUCAUACAGUGAAAAUUAAUGGGAAAAUAAUAAAACCAAAAGGUACUAUACGUCGUUUUUGCCCUCCACCUCUCUUGACUUUCGACGGACGCCUUCUCAAUGAUGCUCAGAAACCUUCAGGAGUUGAAGAUACCACGAAGGAGACGGUCAUUGUACAAGAAGUUCUUGCUCGUGAAAGUGCUGCACCACCUCAUCCUAGUCUUAGACCUAGAUCUGAACUUAUGCAAGUUGAUAGUGUGUUUGAGGCGAUUGAGGGAAAGGGCUGUGAGCACUUGACCGAAUACGAGGCAAAGUUGAAUGAAGUAAUGGAUUUGGAAUGGGAGGUUAAGCGUCUCACAGAAUCUAAUGGACAACUGACUAGCUCAAUACGCCGCAUGAAUUCGGACAUCAAUCAAAGUCAGAGGACUUUUGGGCAACUUUUCACACCAAUUCAAAUGAGCAGAAUUCAGGGUUUUCACGAUGCAUGGCAAAAGAGGGACUAUGAAAGAGCUCUUUUUUACAAAUACUUGGCUCCAAAAGCCUACAAAUAUCUCAAGAUUAAGUACAAGUUCCCUCUGCCCUCCAUGACUCAACUCAGGAUGUUCGAGAAGACAAAUAGACCUACAAGUCUUGCUGUGUUUCGGGAAGUGAGUGUCUAUAAACAAAUCAACAAAAAUAGAAUUAAUUUGUUAGGAGCUCAGAAAAAAUAAAUUUUGA